UCCUACUAUUUGGCGCUUCCUAAUGUCAUCUUCUUUGAUGCGAGUUCGUUUGACAGAUGACAACUCCACAUCGGCUAAAAGGCUUCGUGUGUCGUCGGAACCGAGCACAGUGUCUUCUGACUCCGAGACGACAGUGUCACAAUAGAGACCCAAGCAAUGGUAGAAAGAGGCUGCGUUUCAUGAUCUGAUGUUGGUUGUUCAUGUCGAUUUUGUGGCAGAGUAAACGACCGGCGAUUCUUUCUUCUCUCUCUCUCUCUCUCUCUCUCUCUCUACAUCUCUGUAUUUAUGGCAAAGUGGAGAUCAAUCGAUGUAGUUCUUCUUCGUCUUACAGUUGAUCAAUGAAAUUAAGCAGGGUUUGGUCCUCCACUUGUUUUGGGAUUUUUGCUGCACAUAUGGUUCUACUUCAAUCUUUGAUCUGCAUCUUUGCUUUUCUGCUUCGAGUGGCCAAUUCUCAAUCUUGUGGAAACACAAAAGAAACUUGUGGUUAACAAUCCAAUCCACCAAACAGAUAUAUCCUUGAUCAUUUGCUGGAUCCAGCAGUGGAUCUUGUGGUGAUGCUUAUGAUCCAAAGAGAGACCAGCUCAAUCUAAUCCGAAGAGUACCAAAUCCUAUUCGACUCCAUCAUGUGAACCCCCAAGAUUUAGAAGCAGGCAGAAGAGUGAGCUCCAUCCACAGGUGGAUCCGUCCUCCAACUUGCAGUGCACCACUAUUUUAGUGCCAUAAAUUGCUUGGCCCUCACUCUUUCAGCAGUGGUUAGGGGAAGAAAAAGGAAUCGAAAGAGGAGGAGGAGUAGGUUCUCUAUUAUAUUUGUAUCUCGGUCAUUCAGUGAAAUGAGGACUGUAGAAGACAGGCCAAGAAACACCAGUCGGUAGGUAGGAGAAAGAGAGUAGUGCCCCAAUAUUGACAUGGUGGGCUCAGAAUGGCCUACAGAUUUAGCUGCAUGGUAGGUGACAAACCAUCCAAUCCUUCACGACAUUUCCCCCUCCCUCACCAAACUCGGUUCACUACUUCUUUUGUAUGGGUAAUCAUCAAUGCUUGCUAGAAAAGCCAACGCUAACAAGCAGCACAUAUCCACUUCACCACCCCUCUCCUUCUUCUUCUUCUUCUUCUUCUUCUUCUUUCGCUCGCGCUUGAUCUCCUAGAGCAGUAAACCUUGGUUCAUGCUUCUAUGGGGGUGGCAAUGAGGGACCGGAGAAUGGACAGGCUCGUCGCGUUUCCGUUCUCGGUCGGCUGCGUCUCCCAAUCCAGCGUCGCCAUCACCGAAGGCCAUCAUCCCAAGAGAGCACAGAUUGAGCCGGCUGGCACGGCAGCAUCGAGUGGAGGAGGAGGUGGGAGGCACGCCACCGGCAAGCGGCCGAGCAUCUCUGCGGGGAUUCAGAAGAUGCUGAAGAGCUUAAAGCGAUUCUCUCAGCUGUUUGUUCUGGACAAGGAGGAGGAAGAGGAGGCGGAGGAGGUAGAGAUGGAGAUCGGGUUCCCAACAGAUGUGCAGCAUGUGGCUCACAUCGGGUGGGAUGGCUUCAGCACCAUGAAAAGCUGGGGCCGAGCUCCGGACUGCCUCUCCCUCCCCAAUUCCUUCUCGCUGAAGCCAUUCGAGCUGGCCAUGGCUGCUGCACAGGCUGGUGCCCCUCCACCCCAUGGUCCACUGAGGGCAUAAUGACCACAUGCAUGCAGUGAUCGAGUGAGGUGCAGCUGCUCUCUUCUCCUCCCCUAUUGGAUUCCUUGUUGGCUUGGCAACCUAAAUCUAUUGGCGAUGGUGAUAAAGGAAGGGGAGUGCAUGUGAACUUGCUUGUACAGCAUUUGUAGCGAGUGGUAUUAGUAUAUUAGUCGAUCAACCUUUUCCCA